AUGUACAAUGAUCAUAUCCUGAGUGGCUCCUUCACCCUGAGCUACCUGGUUACGACAGUAAUAAAAUCAUCAGCGAGAUCAUGGAGUUCGAGGCUGCUCAGAAACGCAGCUCCCCACGAAUUGUUGGAUACGCCUCGGUUAGCACAUUCAGAAACAUAUUAUUCUUGUGAGAAAUUACUCCCAUUUGAGCAUACUGAAGUAACACUUGCUCUCAUGAAGCUUAUCGGAAUCGAAAAGGAAGAACUAACGACAUCUGCUGUUCGAAGCCUGCACCAUCUGUACGACUACUGGGUCAUGACCCCAAUCCCAUUGACGAACAUGUUAUCUACAAGGCGAAACUUAGUGCCGGAGUUGGCUCACAAAGUGGAUUCGAAUGGGUUUCUAUUGCUUGAAGAUUUUAUAGGAUACGUGCAAAGGACUUUGGCGAAAAUGUCGAAACCCGGGUUGACUGAACGGCAAUCGAAAGGAAUUCGAAUAUUACAACAAGGUGAUUUUGAAGAGUCUAUAGACUUCUAA